AUGGUGUCAGAAGGAUUUUCCAACUUUAUACCAAACUCAUGUGAUUUUAGCCCGCUAGAGACCAUCUGGAUUAUCGUAAACGAGACAACAUACAAAGAUCCAGCCCCCAAAACACUGGACGAGCUAAGACAGUGACUACUCUUUGCCUGGAAGGAUGUGACUUUGGACGCGCUUUGGGAGCUCGUACAUUCUAUACCUCACCGCUUAGAAAAUGUCAGAAAACAUACAGGAAGACAUUCUGGUUACUAAUAUUUUAGUUAUUCAAUGUUAAAUGAAUAAUGAAAAACUUACUAAGAUUUACGAAAGGUUUUUUUUAAUAAUUAGUAAAAUUUAAGCCAAUAAAAAAUCGGAACGAACUUUUGAAACACCCUGUAGAUCAUCAAACUACUGUUAAGAUAGAUGGCCUUAAUCCAAUAUUACAGAUUAAAUCUAGGAUACCACAAAACGAGCAACUCUUCCAACAAUUCUUCGUCAUGUAAGGUUGAGUCUUGAAGCAUUGUCCAUUAGCUGCCCACCGUAUACAACCUGUAUGGUUGUUUUCACAUUUAGCUGAAAAAAAAAAAUUGGAAAGAUGGCAUAGCAUUCGGAUAACCCAUUCCUCGUUGCCAUUAGGAAACUCUUAUUCAAAUUAGAGUACCAUCUUAUUCUAUUUACCAUUUCCAUAACACCUGUAAACAGACGCUGGUUUAAGGCGUAGUUUCCUUGAGAAUUUUAUUAGGUUUAGCCGUAUAACACCUGUUGAUGAAAACUCUUGUCCAGAAGCUAUCAAACAACCGACCCGAAGACCCAAUAAAUGAUCCGAAUUCAGAAAUUAAUGGGAAAGAAUUAGACAAGACGUUAAAACCAGGGACCAUGGUUCAACAUUCCAGUGAACCGACAACUAUGAGGUACUGAUUCUGCGUUAGAAAGUGCAGUAACUGCAGUAAGGUGACCCGUUGCACUCAUUUCUUGCAAAUUUCUUGCAGUGUUCUGGACUACAGUAGAACCCCGAUAACUCGCCGUGGCCGAUCCAGACCUUCAGAUAAGGGGGGAGGGGGGGUGGGGGAGAUGGCGGUCAUUCAGACCCUGAGAUAGGAGGGCCGGUGUCAAAAAAUAUUUUUUCCACUCUUCGGGCCUCAGUUUGGUCUAAAAAUAAGGGGGGCCCGCCCCACACCCCCCCUGGACCCGUCACUGACUGGAACUAGGAUAACUCGAAUUCCCCACUAACUCGAGCUAAGUCCAGUUUCCCUUGAAUUUCAUCCCACUUUUCAAUCAUUUUUACUCAGCUAACUCGAACUUAGAUAACUCGAAUUCACCGCUAACUCAUACUAAAUUUCCUUUCCCUUAAUCAAAAUUUCACUGAAAUUUACCCGGUAACUCGAAUUCUGGUUCUUGUUACUCCACUCGGAUUUCAUCCCAUUGGCUCUUCUUAUUGUUUAAUAAUUCAAAACACCACUGAAAUCGCUGGUUAACGCUUGAGCAAUUUGAUUUUAACUGGUGCAAAGAACAGAUAACUUCUUAUCAUAAAAAUGCCUAAUCAUAUGUUACCGUUUCUGGUGAAAUACGUUAAGCUUCCACUGCAGUAACACCAUACACUGAAGUGCUGAAAAAUCAGUAACUAUCAAUUUGUAAGACUGAAAAUUGAAUUUUGCGAUCGAACCCGAUAACUCGAACCCUCCCUAACUCGAAUUGCGUUUCGUUUCCCUUCAGAUUUCGAGUUACUGGGGUUCUACUGUAAUUCUUUUCAUAACUCCUCGGUGUACUUUUCAUGGGUCUCUACCGUGUUGUCCCCUGCCCUGUAGCUUUGAUUGAAUGCGAAGCGCGUAGUAUCAUGGGAGAUGUGCGCAAAUACCUGGCCUUGUUCAAACGUUGUAUAGUGCUAUCCACCGUAUAAAUCACUAUCAAGCCGAUAAGUAUUAGGGAAAGCAAUUGCGCUAUCCAGUGUAUAGGCGUUAUCCACCGUUUGAUCAACUGUGGCCUGUUAAACUUCCCACAAAAAGUGUUUUUAAUCAUAUAUUUUGGGAUUUAUUGUGCAGGUGAGGCCAACAAAUCUCUCGAACUUGCAAAGUUUUCCCUUUUCUUCUAUUUGAUAUCUACUGAAAAUAGUUUUUCUGCUACUGAACUUUGUGCACUUGAUAAAAAAUUUUGGGACAGAAAUGUUUUCGGGAGUUUUGAGAAACACACGUCCCUAGGUCCCCCCAACUAAAGCAGCCGAUGGGAAAUUAACAAUUAAUUACAACGGGGGCCAUAAUCAAGGUAGGAGACCGUAACUGCUACCCUAUUCAGUUAUGGGGUUGAUUUCACAAAAAUAGUCAGAUGUGCUAUUUUUAGCCCAUAUGCGCCAUCGAGGUGAUGAAAUUCCACGCUGGAGCCUCGUAAAUUCCCGGGUGCCUGCGUGAGUUUAUGACGUUAAGGGUGGCGCAAGGUGCUUUAAAAAUGAAAUUCCACAUUUUACCUUUUUGAUGAAACCGCUAGUACCUUGUACUUACGGUCUCCUACUUGCAUUAUGGCUCCUAAUAAAAGCAAUUAUACUUGAUCUGCUCUCCUACCGCAACUUGAGCAGCUUUUCCAGCAGAACUUAUCCAUGAAUUUUCUGUUUGUUUUGCACUCUCCUUUCUUGGCCCAGUUAAUGCACUUGGCCGGAUACUUAUUCUGACAAGGCGCUUUAUGUACAAUACCAACAAAAGAAAUGUUUUUAGGAAGUUACAUCUUAUGUUCGGGACGGAGAUGGUAAUCUGAAACAACUUUAAACUUUCGCUGCCCGGGUUUGGAUGGGCUGGUGGAGAGGAGUUGCUAGGAUAAGCAACAACUCCCAACAACACGCAACAACAUGCGGCAAAAUGCAACAUGGUGUGCAAACGGACGCAACAUGUAACAUCUAAAAAUGUUCGGAGUCUGUAGCCAAUAAUGUUGCGUCCGUUUGCACGGGGCUUUAGGGGGUGUUCACAUGAGAAAACUCGCACCGGCGCUAAUUUCAUACCGGGACGACUUCUUGAUUUCUUAUAGUGUUAAUAUUUUUGCACGUUUUUCGUCGUUCCGUAACCAACAUGAAUGAAUUGACGAGAACUACUCAUGCGCUACCCGUUUCAGUCCACCGGCAGACCAUUUUCAUGGCGAAAAGCGUGGUCAUUUCGCGUUUACAUGGUACCGUUGCGAAAUUUCGUACUGAAGUGAAAUUCUCACUCCGGUACAACGACCGGAUGAAUUCACCCCGGUGUGAUUCGCGCCGGCAUGACAUUUUGUAUCCUCGGAGACCCAGGGGCAGCUUGAACUGGGAAGAGCUCUUCUCGAUCUUAAAGUACUUUUACCGACUAGCUGCCCCUGGGUCUCCGAGGAUGGACAUUUUGUGGUAUAUCCUGUAAACAAUUCCAGAGCCACGAGAGGGAACCAGGCUCCGGUGUUAUGUAACACACUCCCUUUUGUAGUGGACGUCAACGGAAUGUAGUAAAAAGCAUGAUACACGUGCAGAGCUGUUGUUUUGCUCAUAAAACCAAUUGCUUUUUUGACGUGGUCGUUGUCGUCGUGGUCGUGUUGCUUAAGGCUGCAGUUUACGCCAAUUCAUGAAUAAAUAAAUAAGACAAAAUUUUGCUUGUUCUACAUAUUUUAAAACGCUUAUAUCUCGACUGCUUUGGAGGCGAUUUAGAUAGAAUUUUAAAGAGACAUUAAAGAACGCAGGAAGUUUUAGAUGGUUGUUUUUUAUUUGGUAGAUCGCGCUUUACGGUGAUAGUUCAAGUCGCAGUAUUGCCAAAUUGGGCAAACGUAAUUUUGUGUCCAAGUUUGCGGAUCAAAUAGAGGACAGCACUCUCUGAUUUUUAAAUAAAUGACAUGUCAAAACCUGCAGUGUGUCAUGACAGCAGCUGAUUUUACAAUUUUAUAGUUCGCCAGCAAGAUACAGUAGAACUCCAUCAACUCAAACUCGGAUAUCUCGAACUACCCGCUAACUCAAACUUAGUCCAAUUUCCCUUGUAUUUCACACAGCAUUUUUCAGUCAUUUUUACUCGGUUAACUCCAACUCGGAAACCUCAAAUUCCCCUCUAACUUGAACUAAAUUUCCUUUACCCUGAUCAAAAAUUCACUAAUUAAAAUUUACCGCGAUAACUCGAAUAAUCGCUCUAGUAACUCCACUCGGACGCCAUCCCAAUGAUUCCUCUAGUUGUAUAAAUUCAUAAUCACAAGGAAAAGAUUUAUGCUUGCUUUGUGGAUUCCUGCAUAAGUUACUGCAAAAUAAUGCUGGUGGUUAUUUUUAGGGGCAUCUCCUCUUCAUUUCCAGGAGGAGUGUGUAUUUCCCUUGGGACCGCAAUAAUUGGAUUAAAGAAGAGCUGUCCACUGAUGGUAAAGAUUUUAUAAUCCCUUGGAAUUUGCUUAAACCAGUUCCCAUAAAACAAAAAGAAAGAUAUGAGAAACCGGCAUACAAACAGGUUAAUGUGUCUAAACCAGCGAGACGAGUUCUUCCAGCUAAGGUUGCUAACCGAUUUUGUCAUGACGCAUCUGACGCGGGAAUUAAAUUUAGCUGUUGAUUGGAAAUGUUUUGACGUGGAUGGAAUUGCUUCCACAUCAGCAACUAACAAGUCGUUUGCUCUGUAGCGUAGCACUGGUACUGCGUCGCGAUGCUUUCGACAGGAUGAAACUGGAUCGCAUGAUGAAGAGAAAAAUGCCUGUAGUCAGCCACAGCAGCUAACGCACACCCUCGAGUAUCUUUCCGAUUCGCCGGAGAAGAAGCGGACAUGA